AUGCGCCCCGAGCACCUCGCGAGCCCGAACAAGCCGCAGUCGGCCCAGCACUCGAAGGAGAACGAGCAGCAGGAGGACGUCAACGCGCUCGACCUCGAGAGCCUGCAGCUGCGCGACAAGGAGAUCCAGCCUGAGGAGCUCACCAAGCUCGAGCUCGUCGGCUCGGGCGGGUUCAAGGACGUGUUCAAGGGCAUGCUCGACGGCCGCACCAUCGCCAUCUGCGACAUUCGCGGCCACUUGACCGACAUGGACAUCAAGGAGCUCGGUCUCUUGCGCGACCUGCGGCACCGCAACAUCGUCAAGUUUAUCGGCGUCUCGAUCCCCAAGCAGCCGUCGGCGGUCCCCGUCAUGAUCGUCACCGAGCUGUGCGCCAACGGCGACCUGUUCGACUACCUGCGCAAGGUGCCGGCGCCGCCGUUCUCGGCCAUGCUCGACCUCAUGCUCGGCAUCGCGCGCGGCAUCGAGUACCUGCACAAGCGCAAGCCGACCAUCAUCCACCGCGACAUCAAGUCGAGCAACGUCCUCAUCACGGGCGACGGCGUGCCCAAGAUUGCCGACUUUGGCCUCGCGCGCAUCAAGACGUCGACCAAGUCGAUGAUGCGCUCCCUCGUGGGCACCGUCAACUGGCAGGCGCCCGAGUUGUGGAGCCCGCACCCACGGUACAACGAGAAGGUCGACGUGUACUCGGUCGGCCUCGUCUUCUGGGAGAUCCUCCAGUGGCGCCAGCCAGUCAAACGCUACCCGUUCGAGGGCCAAAACGAGCACGUGCGUCCUCGCUCUGUCUCUGUCUCUCUUUCUCUCUCUCGCGCUCGCCCUCGUCAAGCCCGAGCCGUCGCUGAACUCGCCGAGUGCGCGCAGGCCAUCUACCACGAUGUCGGCGCCAAGCAGCUACGUCCUCCCGCCGGCCCGCUUCGCCGCCAGUGGGGCAGCGAGAUCAUCGACCUCAUGACCGAGAUGUGGGACCAGGACCCGACGUUGCGGCCGUCGAUGGGCAAGGUCGUCGCCGAGGUGCAGCGCCUCGUCGCGGCCGAGAAGGCCAAGGAGCGUGCGGCAAAGCGCGCCGCGCAGUGA